AUGCCGUCCUAUCAUCGUUACACGUCACUAGUUGUUGCACAACUUGCGCUCGCGUCUGCGUGGGAGAGGCUGCACGAUCCUCUGCGUAUUCGGCAGCAUCAGAAUCUACAGGUAUUCAAUCAUGGGUUGACAGGUGUCGCGCCCGCGAUAACGAAUUCUGGUCACCGGGACAAGCCAUUUGAGGUCGACGGUGAGAUGUUCAUCGUAAAUGAAGUCCACGGCAUCAAUUUCACCGACCAAGAUUGUCAGAGUGAGAGAGGUGCGUUUUCAAGUCUAUUACCAAAUACCUGCUUUUCCAUCCCGAAUGUUCCUGUCCUUCGAAGCCAUUCAAGCUUGGAGCAUGUGAAGAGUUGUAACGUAGCACAGGAGUCUGCACCUAUGAAAUAUUUUAUCGAACAUGUCCAAAGGACAGCGGCUGCGUCCUCAGAGUCUGCUCUCGCCCCUACAUCACCGUCGCACCAAGUGGUGAUAGUGUUAGAUGACGAAUUUGAAUUGCUCUGUGAUGCAGCUUAA